AUGUCGGAGAAGGAUAAAGCGAAAGGGAAUACCCAAACAAAACACAUUCCAAAAGAUGCCCAUGUAAUAAUGUCUAUUAUGAAAGAAGUGGGCAUCACGGACUAUGAACCCCGUGUUGUAAACCAGUUGCUAGAAUUUACCUAUAGAUACGUUACAUCUGUGUUAGAUGACGCUCGAGUAUUCGCGAAUCACGCGAGGAAGAAAACAAUAGACCUCGAUGAUGUCAGGUUAGCGGUGCAGAUGCAGUUAGAUAAAUCAUUUACAAGCCCUCCACCAAGGGAAGUCCUACUAGAAUUGGCUAGAGUAAAAAAUGUGAAUCCACUUCCUUUGAUUAAACCACACUGUGGGCUAAGAUUACCACCUGAUCGUUACUGUCUCUCAGCAUGUAACUAUCGCUUGAAAUCUGUUCAAUCAAAGAAAGCGACAUCAAAACCAGUUGUCUCUGCUCCAAUCAAGACAAUCACAUCAUCAAAGUCAAGCAGUCAAAAUGUUGUUAUGAAGAGAUCUCAAGGACCUAUUAAUGUUAGUUCUAAAGGAAAUGUGGCCCCUAAGCCAGUUCUAAAAUUCACUUCUGGAAGUAAGGUUGUUGCAAAACCAGCAGUGCGGGUGACAUCAGGCCCUCCACAACAAAAUCCAGUUAAAAUGGAGAUAGAUGAAGUCUCCCACAAAAGGAAAAGGGAUGAUGAUGACUAUGACAUGUAA